AUGCGCUCGCCGGCGUUCCCCCCGCGGCGGCCCUCCCACCUGGUCCGAUACAUCCUCCCGGCCGCCCUCCUGAUAUACCUGCUCUACUACCUCUCGAGAACGGGCGCCGAUGCCCCGACGACCCAUGUCACAGCCGGCGGCAGCGGCGCGGCCCCGGCCCCGGCCCCGGCCCACGAAGACCACCAGAUCAUGUAUACGCCAGGAGAGAAGGAGAAGCCGUCCUACCAAGUUGACGACGAGAAGCCCCUCGAGCACGAACCGACCGGCAACGAUAAGACACCACCUGCUUCCCAUGGCCAGGAUGGGCCCCCGCACGCAUCCACCGUCCACCCCAUUGACUCCUUGAUCAAAGUUGCCGAGGUCGACUUCGCUGAGAUCAUGUCCCGCGAAUCGAACACGCUCCAGGAGGCUGCUGCCGCAUACCGCAAGCGACGCGGCCGACACCCACCGCCCGGCUUCAAAGCCUGGUUCGAGUUCGCCAAGACGCACAACGCCGUCAUGGUCGAGGACUUUUGGGACCAGAUCUACCACGAUCUGAACCCCUUCUGGGGUCUGGACCCGCACGUCAUGCGCAAGGAGGCCUGGGAUUUUGAGAUGACCAUCAACGUGCGCAACGGCAACGCGAGCGCCCAGAGCGACUGGUUUUGGACCCAGAUCUGGCUCGACAUGAUCAAGACGGUCGAGGAGCACCUGCCUGACAUGGACAUCGCCCUGAACGCCAUGGACGAGCCCCGUCUGGUGGUGCCCUGGGAGGACAUCAGCGGCUACAUGGAAAAGGAGAAGGCAACACGCCAGCUUCACCCGGUAAAGGAUGUCAUCAGCAGCUUUGACACGCUGCCGAGCGUCAAGGAGGGCUACAAGACCCCAGCCACUAGGAAGGUCAAGUGGGAAGACACUGAACCAUACUGGCAGAUUAUUCGCCGCGGCUGCUCACCCGACAGUCUAGCUCGUACCUCCAGCACCUUGAAGACGUUUGACACGACCCCGGCGUUCUCUCCCUCGUACGCUAGCCCCCAUCAGUAUCAGGGGUUCGUGUCCAACUACACGAUGUCGACCCAGUUCUGUCACCAGCCUGAUCUUCAGGGGCUCGAGGGCAUCUUCAUCAAACCUCUGACGACGUCGGCUACCAAGAUCCUCUUUCCCAUGUUCGGCGGGAGCAAGCUGGCUACGAACAACGAGAUCCUCUUGCCUGCCCCCAUGUACUGGAAUGAGGAGGAGAGAUUCACUGGCGGGGGCUACCACGGUGCUCCCUGGGAGGAGAAGGUCGGCGACCUGAUCUGGCGCGGUGUUGCGACGGGAGGACACAACACGGAGAAGAACUGGAAAGGUUUCCAGCGCCACCGUUUCGCAUCCAUGAACAACGCCACAAAGCUAGCCCUCGCCGAGUCGGGGAAGGAAGCUCCCUUGAACUUCGCCUUGCCCACCGGCGCCGACCGCGUCGCAGCUCAGAAAGACGGCAGGCUCGCGCAGUGGCUGUCCAAGUUUGCUGAUGUAGGCGUCACUGAUCUCGCAUGCGAUGAGAAGCUUGACGAGAGCUUAAAGCAGAAGGGCGGCCACUGCCUCUACACCAACUUCUACUACGACCUAGUCCUCGGCCGUACCCUCGCUGAGCAGUUUGACUACAAGUACCUGCCUGAUAUUGACGGCAACUCCUUCUCAGGGAGAUACCUCGGAUUCCUCAGAAGCACGUCUUUGCCCAUCAAGAGCACCAUGUGGCGCGAAUGGCACGACAGCCGCCUUGUCGCGUGGAAACACUUUGUCCCAAUGGACAACCGCUUCCUGGAUUACUAUGGUAUCAUGGAAUACUUCCUCGGGUACGAGGACAAGGUGUUGGCCCACGAUGCUCAAGCCAAGAAGAUUGCCAUGGAUGGCAAGGAAUGGGCCGAAAGGGUUCUGCGCAAGGAGGACAUGCAAAUAUACGUUCUCCGCUUGCUUCUCGAGUACGCUCGUAUCUCGGACGAGCGACGCGAGAAAAUGGGCUGGGUCGAAGAUCUUUUGUGA